GCGCGCGGCGGCGCGGGAGGCGGACGGCGGCCCGGGGGUGGAUGGGAGAGUUGCACACUUGACUGUUUGUAUCUACUCACCAGCACCCCCUGCACGCACAGUCCUACACUUGGUGCCACGGGGACACAGAGAGCAUGCACGACACAGCCCCUGCCGCAAAGAGCUUGAGAUCCAGUGGGGAAACCGUACGCGUGGUGAUAGUCUGAACACCCGCUCACCCCAGGAGAUUAUAGAUAAAAGACAAUUAGCUUUCUCUGCAGCUCCUGGCGGAAAUUGCUAAUGAAGCCUGUGUGAGUGGGCCAUGUGCAAGACAGCCCUGAGUAGGGAUGGCAGGGCUGCCCCAAUGGGGCGUGACAGUGAGCAGACCGAGCACCAGUGGAUAAGGAUGGAGAGCCACACCCAGGAGGGCGGCAAGUGAUGCCCACCCAUCCCCGCAUAGAAUGAAUGCCGAGGGAGGGUGGUUCCCGGGGCCCUGGAAGGGCUGCUGACCCUCAGCCUGCAAACCGCUGAGCACAAGCACUCCAGACUCUUCCUGUGGGUGGUCCCCGGCCCUGCAGCUCCACCAUGAGGCUCCUCGUGGCCCCCCUCUUGCUAGCUUGGGUGGCUGGUGCCACUGCCGCUGUGCCCGUGGUACCUUGGCGCGUGCCCUGCCCGCCUCGGUGUGCCUGCCAGAUCCGGCCCUGGUAUACACCCCGAUCGUCCUACCGCGAGGCCACCACCGUGGACUGCAAUGACCUAUUCCUGACAGCUGUGCCCCCAGCGCUGCCUGCAGGCACGCAGACCCUGCUGCUACAGAGCAACGGCAUCAUCCGCGUGGACCAGAGUGAGCUCGGCUACCUGGCCAACCUCACAGAACUGGACCUGUCCCAGAACAGCUUUUCGGACACCCGAGACUGUGAUUUCCAUGCCCUCCCCCAGCUGCUGAGCCUGCAUCUGGAGGAGAACCAGCUGACCCGGCUGGAGGACCACAGCUUUGCUGGGCUAGCCAGCCUGCAGGAGCUCUAUCUCAACCACAACCAGCUCUACCGCAUCGCCCCAAGGGCCUUCGCCGGCCUUAGCAACCUGCUGCGGCUGCACCUCAACUCCAACCUGCUGAGGGCCGUCGACAGCCGCUGGUUCGAGAUGCUGCCUAGCCUGGAGAUCCUCAUGAUUGGUGGCAACAAAGUGGAUGCCAUCUUGGACAUGAACUUCCGGCCCCUGGCCAGCCUGCGCAGCCUGGUGCUCGCAGGCAUGAACCUGCGGGAGAUCUCUGACUAUGCGCUGGAGGGGCUCCAAAGCCUGGAGAGCCUCUCCUUCUAUGACAACCGGCUGGCCCGGGUACCCCGGCGGGCGCUGGAGCAGGUGCCUGGGCUCAAGUUCCUAGACCUGAACAAGAACCCGCUCCAGCGGGUGGGGCCUGGGGACUUUGCCAACAUGUUGCACCUCAAGGAACUGGGGCUGAACAACAUGGAGGAGCUGGUGUCCAUUGACAAGUUUGCCCUGGUCAACCUCCCCGAGCUGACCAAGCUGGACAUCACCAACAACCCCCGGCUGUCCUUCAUCCACCCCCGCGCCUUCCACCACCUGCCCCAGAUGGAGACCCUCAUGCUCAACAACAAUGCUCUCAGUGCCUUGCACCAGCAGACAGUGGAGUCCCUGCCCAAUCUGCAGGAGGUGGGUCUCCAUGGCAACCCCAUCCGCUGUGACUGUGUCAUCCGCUGGGCCAAUGCCACGGGCACCCAUGUCCGUUUCAUCGAGCCUCAGUCCACCCUGUGUGCCGAGCCGCCAGACCUCCAGCGCCGCCCGGUCCGCGAGGUGCCCUUCCGGGAGAUGACGGACCACUGCCUGCCGCUCAUCUCCCCCCGCAGCUUCCCCCCGAGCCUCCAGGUGGCCAGCGGAGAGAGCCUGGUGCUGCACUGCCGGGCACUGGCUGAGCCAGAACCCGAGAUCUACUGGGUCACUCCAGCUGGGGUUCGACUGACAGCUGCCCAGUCAGGCAGGAAGUACAGGGUGUACCCCGAGGGGACCCUGGAGCUGCGGAAGGUGACAACAGAAGAGGCAGGACUGUACACCUGUGUGGCCCAGAACCUGGUAGGGGCUGACACUAAAACGGUUAGUGUGGUUGUUGGCCGGGCUCCCCUGCAGCCAGGCAGAGGCAAGGGAUGGGGGCUGGAGCUUCGGGUGCAGGAGACCCACCCCUAUCACAUCCUGCUGUCUUGGAUCUCCCCACCCAACACAGUCUCCACCAAUCUCACCUGGUCCAGCGCCUCCGCCCUCCAGGGCCACAGGGCCACGGCUCUGGCCCGCCUGCCACGGGGUACCCACAGCUACAACAUCACCCGCCUCCUUCAGGCCACGGAGUACUGGGCCUGCCUGCAAGUGGCCUUUGCUGAUGCCCACACCCAGUUGGCAUGUGUAUGGGCCAGGACUAAAGAGGCCGCUCCGUGUCACAGAGGCUUAGGGGACCGACCUGGGCUCAUAGCCAUCCUGGCUCUCGCUGUCCUCCUGUUGGCAGCUGGGCUGGCAGCCCACCUUGGCACUGGCCAGCCCAGGCAGGGAGUGGGUGGGCGGCCUCUCCUCCCAGCCUGGGCUUUCUGGGGCUGGAGCACCCCCUCAGCCCGGGUGGUGUCUGCACCCCUCGUCCUGCACUGGAAUCCAGGGAGGAAGCUGCCCAGGUCUUCAGAAGGAGAGACACUGUCCCCACCAUUGUCACAAAAUUCCUGAAGCUCAGCCUGUUCUCAUCAGUAGAGAAAUAACUAGGACUACUUUUUACCAAAAGGGAAGCAAUCUGGGCCAGAUACCCUGCCAGGAAAGUGAUGUGGACCCACGUGCUUGAGGCCUGGCAGCUGCCGCAAGACAGCCAGCUUUGUGGCCCCAGGGGGUGCUCCUGCAGCCUCCAGAAGCUGCCUUUACCUUCGGGGGGCCCCUCCGCUGCCAUUCUGAGGAGCAUCUCCAAGAAACAGGAAGGACUGCAGCGAAAGGCGCCCACCUCCCCAGUUGUCUACGUGCCCAGAGGCUCCUGGGCCUCUGCCUGGAUGUCCCCUGCCUGUGUCCCCAGGCCCUUGGCCCACAGGAUGCGCCCCCCUCCUCUUCUCUGUCUCUGUACAGUCUCAGUUGCUUGCUCUUUCCCCUCCUGGGCAAGGGCUGAAGGAGGCGUCUCCUCCCCACCUCAGGGGACUACUCCCAAAGUGGGCCCCCAGCUGGAUCAGAAGGACGUGGGGGAGAGGGAUGCCCAGGAACACCUCUUCUCAGCAGCCGUCCUCGGCACUCUGAUGUGGACUUUCUAUCGGCAAUUUUGUACCUUCGUGGAGAAAUGUGUCCCCUCCCCCCAACCCCAUUCACUCUUUUCUCCUGUUUUGUAAAAAAUAAAAAUAAAUAAGAAUAACAAUAAUGAGGGGAGGGGAAGG